AUGACUGUCGCUGGUAGAGUUCUUCCCCUUUUUAGGCGGAUGAUGUCCACGUCAGCAGCAUCACCACCUCGAAAAGUGACGGUUUUGGGAGCUGCUGGUGGCAUUGGCAAUCCGCUGAGCCUGCUGCUGAAAACGAAUCCGCUAAUAUCGGAUCUGGCUCUGUAUGACGUCACGGGCAUGCCUGGCGUGGUUGCUGACCUCAGCCACAUCUGCACGAGAACCAAGGUCAGCAGCUACCUCGGGCCGUACGAGCUGCCAGACGCGCUGCGGGGGUCGCACGUGGUGCUGGUGCUGGCGGGAGUGGCGUACCGGUCGUCCAUGAAGGACGAGGACCGCUUCUGCAUGAACGCGGGGAUCGUCAGAGGCUUGUGCGAGUCAAUUGCCAAGCACAGCCCAGAGGCGGUGAUUGGCGUUAUCACAAACCCCCUCAACGCCACGGUGCCGAUAGCAGCAGAGGCCAUGGCGGAAGCAGGCAAGUACGAGGCGAGGCGGCUGCUGGGAAUCACGGCACUGCACUCCGUGCGCGCCAGAGCCCUUCUGGCUGAGGCAACGGGACUGAAGGCCACAGAGCUGUCAGUGCCUGUUGUGGGAGGCAGCAGAGACAACUCAAUAGUCCCUCUCUUCUCGCAGGCCACCCCGGCAGUUUCCCUGCGUGAGGAGGAGCGGGAGAGGCUGGUGAGGCGGGUGAGGGCGAGUGGAAUGCAGGUGAUCACAGCCAAGGACGGCAAGGGCUCUGCCAUCAUGGCUCCAGCGUACGUCCUAAACCUUAAACCCUAG